GUUGCAAGGCCGGUCACACUGCACGUCUGCUACCGACGCAAAGCGAGAGAAAGAAACAACCAAAAAGUUUGCGGAACAGUGCAGCCAGCCAGGAACUAAUUGCUCCACUAUGUCCCGUGGGCAUAGGUGAUCGCAGGAGUCGGAAAAUGCAAUGCUGCUACCUUUGACGGCGAUAUCGACGACAGGAAACGAGCUACGAGAUAAUUGCAGUUUGUUUUUGCGUGUGUGUGUGUGUGCGGGAAAACGUGUGUCCAGGAAAAACGCGCCAACGAACACGCAGCGCAGCCCUAGUGCCUCCAACCACUAACACCACAACCACCACCACCCUACGCCGCGAUCACGCGCCCCCCUCCACUCCAUAGGAAUGAUAAUGGUGCGCAGACGCGCUCGUCCCGCCAAGGAGACUCCUACUGGCGGCUCCGUUGGCGGAGGAUCAGCAGUGCCGGGCGCUAUUCCCCUCAAUGCAGCCGCCGCAGUGGCCGGAAACUUGCUAGAAGAUCAGUAUUUUGCCAGUCCAAAACGAAAAGACUGCCGCCUGAUGAAGGCCAGUGAAAAUCUCGGCCUGCCGGAAGACGACAAAGGCCAGCAGCAUCACCACAAAGAGAACAGCAAGGCAGACAACAGCAAAACCAUAGGAGUGCCGCUGGCUACUCGCUCCCAGACGCGCACCAUUGAGAACUUUUUCAAAGCCAAUGCUGCCACUAAGAACGCUAUGAAGAAGUCAUCUCCACCGCCUUUGAGCGAAGACCAAAAGACAAUACCACAUACAGGAUUCCAAGAAGAACAUCGGUUGGUGGAGGCGGACGAGGAGUUGAAAUUGGCGGACGAGGAGUUGCAGCAGGUUGUGGAAGAACUGCUCUUCGACGGCGGCUCCUCCAACUCGUCGAACUCGCCAUGCUAUCAGCACGAUGACACUGAUCAAAUGCCAGAAAUCAAAGACAUCCCUCAAAUACAUGAGAUGCAGGAGGUCCUGGGAGCCAUUGGCGAUUUCCAGACACAUCGCUCUGCUCUGCGUGACAGCCACAGCUCCACCCACAGCAGCAGCACGGACAACAUAUUUCUGCAGGAGCCCGUUCUGACUCUGGACAUCGAUCGCACGCCCACCAAAGCCUCUAGCAUUAAGAUCAACCGGAGCUUCGAGCUGGCAGGAGCUGCUUUGUUCUCCUCCCCGCCGUCUGUUUUAAACUCGUGCGUUCUUAACGGACGCUUCAAUCAGGUCGUUAGCCUGAAUGGACAAAGGGAGCCGCUGUUGCCAGAGCUAGACCAGCACGACAGCAGCUCGUGCGACAGCGGAGUGGCCUGCAGUCUCACCGCCGCCACCGAAUCCCCUGCGGCAGGUGGAGUUCGUCGCAGAAAGCCAGCUACCCCACACCGCAUACUGUGUCCCUCGCCAAUAAAAACAGGAUUGAAGAUCACAGGAGGUUUAAGCAAGGGUGGAACUGCUGAUAAUUUGCUCUCCCCCCGUAAAUCGCCUCGCAAACUGCCCGUUACUACGGCGGCAGUCGCCGCCUGCAAGUCGCGCCGAAGACUGAACCAGCCAAAGCCGCAAGCGCCUUACCAGCCAAAACCACAGUUGUCGCAGACACCACCGUCUCACGAGCUGCAGAAGCAAUCGGACAUGGGAGAUGACAUUGUGGUCGUCCUAGACGACGACGACGAGGACGAAGACGACGUAAAUGCCUUGUUGAAAGCCGCCGAGGAGCGGGAGAACCAGAACAAAGUACCAGAGACAGCCAAACCAGGCGCCAAAGCCAUGCUCAAGCCGGCGGUCCCUGUCAAGCCCAAAGCCAAGAGUAAGGGUCUGUCGAAGAACCAACACCCACUGCCUUUAGCCGCUACCAAUGGCAACCGUGAGAUGACCGACUUCUUCCCGGUCCGCCGAUCCGUACGUAAAACCAAAACAGUCGUCAAGGAGGAGUGGAUGCGCGGUCUGGAACAGGCGGUGCUGGAAGAGCGCUGCGAAGGCCUCCAGGUGCGGCACUUCAUGGGCAAGGGGCGGGGUGUUGUGGCCGACCGCCCCUUCAAGCGGAACGAGUUUGUGGUGGAGUAUGUGGGUGAUCUCAUAUCCAUCACAGAGGCCUCGGAGCGGGAGAAGCGCUAUGCGCUGGACGAGAACGCUGGCUGCUACAUGUACUACUUUAAGCACAAGAACCAGCAGUACUGCAUCGAUGCCACCGUCGACACUGGGAAGCUGGGACGCCUUAUCAACCACUCGCGUGCCGGCAACCUUAUGACCAAGGUGGUGGUGAUCAAGCAGCGGCCUCACUUGGUGCUCCUGGCGAAGGACGACAUCGAACCCGGCGAGGAGUUGACGUACGACUAUGGAGAUCGCUCCAAGGAGUCGCUGCUGCAUCAUCCCUGGCUCGCCUUCUGAGGAAGACACCAGGCUGGCUGGGAUCUGGCACAGUCUCGAGGCGAAGACUUUGCAACAUGAAGAGUAGGAUCGAGAGUCUAUGGGAUCUUCGAGGGCCGAACUGGUUUUGACUCAUAAUAGCUCCCUAGAUAU